GAAGGUGCGUCACGCAAUGAGGAGGUGCGUGGCCCUUUGUCCUCCUGGACCCAACGUCCUGCUGCUGGUGGCCAGGUCGUCCGAUUUUAAAUGAAGCGGACGCGCGGAGGUUCAAGCUCAUUCUAAACUCUUUUGGCCAGGAUGCCUUUAGAUACUCGAUGGUUAUCCAGGCGAAAGACGGAGAGGUGCACAACCCCUCGGUGGAAGAGGUCCUCCGAGACUGCGGACGAAGGCAGCACAGCGUUGACUUUGACAUGAAGGGUCUCGCCGGUCAAGAUUAUGAAGAACUGAUUAAAAAGAUUGAGAAAGUGGUGAGUGACAACAACGGAAGACAUCUGAACUGCUCCGAAGAGGCUGGUCCCACAACAGUACCCGUGACGUCCAAGUCUCCUCUGAACCUGGUGCUGUGUGGGAGAUUCAGAGUUGGGAAGACCUCGGCGGCUGAAGCCCUUCUGGGGCACAGGAAGUUCAGUUCUGCUGAGUCGUCAGAGAGUGUUAAACAUCAGGGAGAGGUGUGUGGACGUCGGGUCUCUGUGGUGGAGCUGCCUGCCUUGUAUGGAAAACCUCAGGAGGCCGCGAUGAAGGAAUCACUGAGGUGUGUCUCCCUCUGUGGUCCUGAGGGCGUCCACGUCUUCAUCCAUGUCCUACCGAUGGCAUAUCCCACAGAUGAAGACAAGAAAGAGUUAGAAACCAUCCGGGACACAUUCACGUCUAGAGUGAAUGACUUCACCAUGAUUCUGUUCACCGUCGGGUCCGAUCCUAAAGCUUCAGCAGAUGUCAGAUGUCUGAAGGACAAUGUAGACAUCCAGGACCUCUGCCGGAUGUGUGAAGAUCGGUACUUCGUCUGGGACCUCAUGGACCCGCAGCAGCUCCUUCAGGUCUUGCGUAUGGUGGAGAAGAUGACAGCUGGCACAUCCAGAUGUUUCACAAAGGACAUGAUGGCCAGGCCCCAGGUGGGUAGCGUCACAGAGCCAAAUCUGGCGCUGAAGGUGGCGUUUUUUGAACACCGCGACAGGGAGUGUCUCAGGAUGGUGCUGAUCGGGAAGACGGGUUCCGGAAAGAGCGCCAGCGCCAACACCAUUUUGGGAAGAGCCUGUUUUAGAUCUAAAGCCAGCUCGAAGUCAGUGACGAAGUUCUGCCACAAAGAGACGGGGGAGAUCGACGGGCGGCCCGUCAUAGUGGUCGACACCCCCGGCUUGUACGACACGACUCUGACCAACGAAGAAGUCAAACGGGAGUUGCUGAAGUGCGUCAGCAUGUUGGCUCCUGGGCCGCACGUCUUCCUGCUGGUGCUGCAGAUCGGACGCCUAACGCAGGAGGAGAAAGACACCGUGAAACUCAUCAAGGAGUUCUUCGGCAAGAAUUCUGAGGACUACAUCAUCGUCAUAUUCACCAGAGGGGACGACCUUCGAGGGAAAUCGUUUGAGAGCUACAUGCGGGAAGACGCAGACGGCUACGUGGGAAAACUCAUAGCCAACUGCGGGGGCAGGUUCCAGGUGUUCAACAACAAGCAUCACAACGUCGCUCCAACCAGAGAGCUGCUGAGCAAGGUGGACCCCAUGGUGGAGAAGAAUGGUGGCGGCUACUACACCUCUGAGAUGUUCCAAGAAGCAGAGGCAGCGAUACAGAAAGAAAUGAAGGUAAUCCUGAGAAGAAAGGAAGGGGACCUGCAGAGAGAGAUGAUGGACUUUGAGAAUAAACACAGACAAGAAAUCGGGGCCAAGCAGAAAGAAUUGGAGGAACAGAUAAUAAAGGCUAAAAAAGAGACAGACUUGAAAACUGAACUUGUCAAGAAAAAGGAGGAAAACCUCAAGAAGGAACAAGAGAAGGUGGACAGGGAGGAAGAGGAGAGACAAGCCGACGAGAGGAAGACAAAGAUGCAGGAGGAAAUUCAACAAAUGCAGUGGAGACAAAGUCUCAGAGGGGCUAAUAAAACGCCGACGGAGGAGACGGAGAUGAGGCAAGGCCAUGAGAUCUGGGAGAAGCAACGGAUGGAAAAGUGGGAGAGGCGAAACCGAGAAGACCAACAGAAACGACUGGAGGAGAAGAAGCAGCUGGAAAAACUCAAAGAAGAAUACAUAAAAGAAAAAAACGAGUAUGAGAAGAAAAAAGAGGGAGAUCUCAUCAGAAGGCAAAAAGAAGAGGAAGAGUUAGAUAAAUUACAGAAAACCCUGAUGAAAGAUCUGCUAACGAUUGAGAGGAAACACAAAGAAGAGGCCAGAAGGUCCGCCGAAGAAUUCAACGAGUUCAGGCGGAGCUACGCCGACAACUUUGAGGCACUGACGGAGAAAUACGACAAGGACAUCGAGCACCUGAAGGAGAGGACCAAGAAGCACAACGAGCUGCUGAUACAGCAGCUGUGCAAACACAAGGCCUACGAGAAGGACUACGAGCGGCUGGUCAGAGAACAAGAAGAAGAGACCAGCAAGCGGACGAUGACGCUCGACCCGUCGGACGAGGAAAUCGGAGAUCUGAAGACGAGGCACGAGGAGGAGAAACAGGAGUGGAUACGAGUGACCGUGCAGAAGUCCAGGAAGAAGGACUGUCCCAUUUUGUGAGCACAGCGGAACGACGAGAUGUGCGUUCACAUUUAGCCGUUAGAGCGAAGAGCCUUCUGAGAUCAGCUGACAUCAGCCACAGCUCAGCUUUA